UGGAAUAAACAGGUAUUCAAUCCAUAGUUCCACUAAUCUUCCGACUUCCGAGUCCAAUCAGUAAAAACUUGACGAGUUUCUCUGAGAAAUCCGAAAACAGCUUUCGGAUGAGCAAUUGCUGCUGCAUUUCUCACAAAUUCGCCGAUGCAGCCUCCACUAACCCUCACAAAGUCGCCGUCACUCAUUCCUCGGCGAGAUUCAUAUCGGAUUCUCCUCAACCUCCUUCGCCUGUUCACGACGGUGACACAAUUUUCACCUUCGCCGACCUAUCUUCAUCCGUCGAUUCGCUCAGCCUUCGUCUCCGUCGCAUUCUCGAUGCUCCAGUCCAGAACGAUCCUCAGCUCAUCACACCACCACAACAAUCAUCUCCAGGUACAGAUAAGCUGGAGCGUGGUGAAGCUGAGUCAGAUGUAUACAUCCCAAAGGUGUUGGCCUUAUACAUGCCGCCUUCAGCUGAAUACAUAAUCUCUGUGCUUUCUGUUUUGAGGAUUGGAGAAGCCUUUUUGCCUUUAGAUCCUUCUUGGCCGAGAGAUAGGGUCUUGUCUAUUCUUUCCUCUUCCAAUGUUGCUCUUGUUAUCGCCUGCGGCUCUUCUUUCGAUCAGUUCGGGUGUCAGCCGCUUGGCAGAUCGCACUGGCUUGUUCAAAGCAGCAGCGCCCACCCUGUGUUGUUCUUUUCCAUGAGUGAGAGGUUGAGUGCUGAAACUGCUCGCAGCUCAAGCCUUGUUUGGCCUUGCAAGAAAGAGAGGCAAAGGAAGUUUUGUUAUCUCAUGUACACUUCUGGAUCUACUGGAAAGCCUAAAGGAAUAUGUGGCACUGAGCAAGGACUUUUAAACCGUUUCAUGUGGAUGCAAGAGCACUAUCCUGUUGUUGGAGAGCAGCAAUUCGCUUUCAAGACUUCAGUUGGUUUUAUUGAUCAUUUGCAGGAGUUUCUUGGUGCUACUCUCAAUUCCACCCCUUUAGUCAUUCCUCCUUUCACUCUCCUAAAACAGAAUAUGAUAUCCAUCAUUGAUUUUCUGGAGGCGUAUUCUAUCAGUAGGCUCGUAGCUGUCCCAUCGAUGGUCAGAGCUAUUCUACCUACUUUACAACAUCGUGGACAUAAUAAGCUCCAAAGUUGCCUGAAGCUGGUAGUUUUAAGCGGCGAAACCUUUCCUCUGAGCCUGUGGGAUUCACUUCACAAGCUACUUCCGGACACAUGUUUUCUGAACCUAUAUGGGAGUACAGAGGUAUCAGGGGACUGCACUUAUUUUGACUGCAGUAGGUUGCCAAAACUCUUAGAGACCGAGAAGAUCGGUAGUGUUCCUAUUGGCAAGCCGAUUUCCAACUGCAAAAUUUUACUUCUUGGUGAUGAAGAUAAACCGUGUGAGGGAGAAAUAUGUGUUGGUGGUCUCUGUCUUUCUCAAGGAUACCUGCAUUCCUCGAUAGAGUCCCAAAGCUACGUGAUGCUGCAUAAUACCUCACUCUGCAAUCAUUUAACCAGUGAUUGUGGAAGUCAGCUUUAUUAUAGAACUGGUGAUUACGGCCGAAAGCUUUCUAGUGGUGAUUUGGUUUUUAUUGGAAGAAGGGAUCGAGCUGUUAAAGUCAAUGGACACCGCCUGUCCCUUGAAGAGAUGGAAGCAACUCUAGAACUAAAUCCAUAUGUUACUGAAGCUGUUGUUAUACUUAACAGAGAUCAGACAGAGCUUGCUUCACUUGAUGCCUUUUUAGUACUGAACAAGGAAACCAAGCCUGAUGAAGAUGUCAUAUAUUCUAUCAGAAAUUGGAUGAGAGAAAAACUUCCCUCGGCGAUGAUUCCUAACCAUUUUGUUUUGGUGGAGUCACUGCCAAGUACUUCAAGUGGGAAAGUUGAUUAUGAAGCACUAGCAAGGUUGAAAUGUCCUAGAAGUAGAACUCAUGCUGAAGAUAUGAUGCAUAUCAGUGAAACUGAUAGUCUACUGGAUACUAUUAAAAAGGCCGUUUGUGAUGCUUUAAUGGUCAAAGAAGUUUCAGAUGAUGAUGAUUUCUUUGCCAUUGGUGGAGACUCUUUAGCCGCAGCGCAUCUUUCUCAUAGUCUUGGUAUUGAUAUGAGAUUGAUCUACCAAUUUCGAAGUCCGUCCAAGCUUGUGAUCUGUAUGUCCGAGAAGAAAGGCAAGUUAAGAGAAGAUAUGCAACACAACACCAUUCAGAAGCCAGACCACAAGACAGAGAGUCAGGAUAGUAAUGAGUUGGUUAGUAGACCUUCAAGAAUGCAGUGUGAGAACAACGUCUCUGCAAAGCGAUUGAAAAUUGAUUCAGAUCAGUUCUCUUCCAAAAGCAUGAAAGAUAAAAUAUCAUGGUAUUCAGGAUAUUCUGAAAUGCAGUGUGCUUUCAGUCGGUGCAACAAUGUACAUUAUCCAAACUCGUAUGGUAACGAAGGGGGAAACCGAGAAAACUGGUCGGUGGAGUUGCCAAGGAACCAAAUGGUCUCUAUACAAGAGCUAUGGAAAGUUCAUAUGGAGUCUUGUGUAGAUGCCUCGCCCCUGGUUGUGUUGAAGCAUUCCAAAACUUAUCUAUUUAUUGGGUCUCACUCACGUAAAUUUUUCUGCAUCGAUGCAAAUAGUGGUUCGAUCUGUUGGGAGACCAUUUUAGAAGGAAGGAUCGAAGGUUCAGCCAUGGUAGUUGGUGACUUUUCUCAGGUCGUUAUUGGAUGCUACAAAGGAAAAUUAUAUUUCUUAGAUUUCUCAACUGGAAGCUUAUGUUGGACAUUCCAAGCAGGUGGUGAGAUAAAGUGCCAACCUGUGGUGCACACAUCUUCACAACUGAUAUGGUGCGGAUCACAUGACCACACUCUCUAUGCCCUUGACUAUAGGAGCCAACGCUGUGUUUAUAAGCUGCAGUGUGGUGGGAGCAUAUUUGCGUCACCUAUAAUUGAUGAGGGUCAUAGUUCACUUUAUGUGGCUUCUACAAGUGGCCGCGUGACAGCUGUAUCAAUAAAGGAUUUCCCAUUUCACACCUUGUGGGUACUUGAACUAGAGGCACCGAUUUUUGGUUCCCUGUCCAUUAUCCCGUCAAGCCGAAGCGUUAUUUGCUGCUUGGUUGACGGCCAAGUUGUCGCAAUAAGUCCGUCUGGAACUAUUAUUUGGAAGUAUAGGACUGGCGGGCCAAUAUUUGCUGGGCCUUGCAUUUCACAUGUGCUUCCUUCUCAGGUGCUCGUGUGCUGUAGAAAUGGAAGUGUUUAUUCACUAGAACCGGAGUCCGGGUGUCAUUUGUGGGAAUACAAUAUCGGUGACCCGAUCACGGCAUCUGCAUACAUCGAUGAGAAUCUGCAUUUUGAAUCGCAUCAGCUCCUUGUAUCAGACAGGUUGGUGACUGUAUGCUCUAGCUCGGGAAUAGUUCAUGUCCUUCGCGUGAGAGCUAGUCUCAGCAGAGAUUCACAUGAAUCAAAAGUAGGAGAAAUAGCAAAGUUGGAGUUGCAGGCAGACAUUUUCUCUUCACCGGUGAUGAUCGGUGGCCGGAUUUUUGUUGGCUGUCGUGACGACUAUGUGCAUUGCCUGACUCUUGAGAGUUGCAGGUAGAAGAGGUUAUACCUCAUUUUGAAAUGUUAUAUAAGUAUACUAGGAGUGUGUGUAGCGCGGGGUUCUGUGAAUGUGUCUUAUUUAUUUGUUGGUUUUUUUUAAUUUUAUGCAAAUGUUUUUAAAGGAUGGUUGUUUAUU